AUGCGUCAAGCUUCCAUGUUGCAUUAUGUUCGCGUACGACAGGCCACUGAGCCGUCUUCGCAUGAGGCGACGUCCUCAACUGCAGCCGAGCAAGAUGAAGAACAAAGAUCUGUUACCCCGACUACUUUAGAUGUUGGUGAUAGUGCUAACGUGGACCUUCCAGACCUAUCCCGGCAUUUGCUGGGUAAUAUCCAAGAUGUGAUCCACGACAUGGGACUCGACACUGAGUUCACGACCUACAAGCAAUUUGCCUUCAGCAACAUUGCAAGUGGUCAAUACAAGGAGAAGCUAUUAGGCUUCCUCAACACCAAGCGCCCAGACCCAGAUCGUUCGCUAAUCCCUAUCGAGGCAUUCGCUUCUAAUAACGAACGUUCUGACUGGGACACCCAUUGCCCAAAGAUUGACAACCUUUGGGAUCAAUACACACAGUCAGUCAAGCCUCUACUUGGCGAAAAGUACGACCUUUCAUGGUUAAGCAAGCCAUCUGGUCCCCUGACUGCUCGUCUUCUUGUGUUAUGGCACUUCCCCACGACCAACACACCAAACAAGACGUUCUCGCACACAAUGGACCAAGGUAAUCCAUGCCUCAGGUCACAAAAGUGCAAGAUCGGUCUUCCAGAUGACGUCCGUACACAAGAUGUCAACCCCGUUCGGGUGUCGUACGCAUUAAAUGACAAGCCUGUUUGGGAAAAGCAAUUCGACAAUUGGGAUAAAAUCGAGCACUUCAACUACGAGUUCACAGUAGCGACAUGCCUCGACGUCCCUUUUGUUCUCGUCCUCGGGAAGGAACCAUUCGAAACUCUCAAACUAGCUCACCAGAGCCGACAAUGGAACCUACGCCCUUUAGACAUCAAUUUAAAGGUCGAGCAUACGAUGUAUCACCAACCCCUUCGCGUCUACCUUUCAGUCAACCCUCAGGGUGAGGUCAAGCAAGUGGUUUUAAGGUGUUUCCAUACUGAGUAUGCUUUCAACACACCAAAGACAGUCCACGGUGCAAUGAUGGACUUUAUGUGGAACCUUGCCUGUGAACUAGCAGGUGUACCUAUCCAUAACUCGACAUACUUCUCUUUCAAGGUCAAAAACAACAGUGGCAAGAUCUUCAAUUCCAACAAAACCGAGAAAAAGAUCGAUGCCGGUACAAUGCUCAAGCAACUAUGGAAGCGCGAGCAGGAGUCUAAUCGACUCAUCACCAUGGAAGAGAUCGAGUUUUAUUUUGCGAAUAAGCUCGCUGCCGUCCCAGAACUUCGACAGUCCCUUGAGGAAUCUGCACAGCGGGGCGAAUCACUGCUGUCAGCGAUUGAGCGACUCGCAACGCAACGUGCAGCAACAACACUGCGCGAACGAAAUGAGAAACGCAAGCAGUUUCUACCACCACCGCCAGAGCCUGCCCCUAAGCGUCUGAAGAACCCAGACAACCACGGAGGUCAGGCCAUCAAGGCGACGCGUGAGUGGCAGUCUUCUUCGGCUGGCCAAGCAGCUUUAGCUGGCCAACAAAGGAGCUCCCAGAUAAGGGGAGACAAGAUGGAAGCCAAGUACCAGGCCUUUCUGAGUCUCUAUCAAGUACGCCAGCUUGAAGUUGCGCGGGCAAAUGGCACUCUUACUGGUCAACAGGGCCAAGCCAUGGCACGCUUCAACACAAUCAAGGGCUAUCACGACAGCAACGAUCGAUCAAAGCUGUCAAAUGCCUUGGGAAGGUACAUGGUCUUUUAUGACAAGAAAUACCCACGAGGUAUCCGUUUCGAGGGUGAUGGAGGUCCCCGGCAACAGGCUGACCCCUUUGCCAACCAAGAUCAUCCCGCCUGUGUCAUUCUGCAAGGCAGCCGGCUCCUUCGCACUCGUGAACAGAAGAACGCGUUGGCAGGACCGGAGACAUAG